UGUUUACCAGCCUACUCUCCGUCAAAUUCUUUUACGUACAAGCCAACGUGUGUACACGGGACCUUGGUUUUUCCUUGAACUGAAUCAAACAUUCGUAUGUUUGCCGUCGGUUAUUUAUGUCUAGUGGGAAGGUGAAAAGGAUGAAAUGGACGUUUUAAGCCACACUACAACUGGGAGAAGGCUAGAUAACAAAUCUCAUCUCUCAACCCUCCGUGUUUCAGUAUAUCUCAACGUUUUUAGCCACGUUCUCGUAGCUAGGAGAAGGCGUAUAGAUGAUUGUCUGAAUAAGCUAACAAAAGGGACAAACUAGUAAUUUUGGUGACGCCACUUUGUUGAAAUAGUGAUAAAUUGAACCAGCUAGCCUAAACAAGGAACAAGAUUAUUAAAUGAAUUAUCACGUAGGAAAAUGUAUUUCAUAGAUUAACGGGAUCGUACAUUUGACAGAGUCUAUAAUUCUUAUAAAAAAGACAUCCAGGCUUGAAAUCGAGUUGUUCGGAUCUUUCAGGUCAUUCCUCACAAAAUUGACGAUAAGAAAAUGUCACAUGCGGGUAAAGUUGCUGUAAUAACCGGAUCCACGUCUGGAAUUGGUUUGGAAAUAGCCCGGUAUUUGGCACGAGAAGAAUGCUCAGUUGUUAUAACUGGCCUUGGAGAACAAUCCGCCAUAGAUUCUAUCGUUAGUGAAUUUAGAACAAACUAUCCCACAGUAAAAACUAAUUAUAUAGCUGCUGAUCUGAGAGAUGUAUCAUCUGUAAAGAGUUUUUGUGAGUCGGUAAAUAAACUACACCCAGACGGAAUUGAUAUUUUAGUUAACAAUGCUGGAAUCCAACUAAUGGCUCCAGUCGAAGAAUACCCAGAUGAUAUAUGGAAUGACACCCUCGCCAUAACUUUAACUGCAUCAUUUCAACUCAUCAAAUCAUUUAUACCUAAAAUGAAAACUAAAGGCUGGGGAAGAAUUAUCAAUAUGUCAUCACAACAAGGUUUAAUAAGUGCACCAGGUAAAUGUGCAUACUCUACUGUUAAACAUGGCAUUAUAGGACUUACAAAGUGUGUAGCGUUGGAGGGGGCACCACUUGGUAUUACCUGUAAUGCCAUUUGUCCAGGCUAUGUGGACGCACCAAUGGCAUACGUUUCCAUUGCUCGGUUAGCAGAAGUUAAUGGAACUACCUAUGAAGAAGAAAAGCUUAAGUUUUUACAGAAUAUGCCGACAAAUAAGGUUGUUACAGUGCAAGAGGUUGCUGCAUUAUCAUUGUUUUUAUGUUCCGAAUCAGCUUGUAAUAUAAAUGGCACCUCAAUACCUAUUGAAGGAGGGAAUACCAUCAGAUAGUUAAACCAACGAGGGAUUUACAGAAAAUAUAUCCAUAACAUGUGUAUCUUUGAUUGCUAAUAUCAUGUUAUUCUUUUAAAGAAAUUAAACUUAUUCUA